CUGGCAAGGGCCCGCUUUGGGGGGCCUCUCGGGGGCAUAAAAAGCGCUGGAACUGGAAUCCUCGCCCAGGAUGCCCCCAAAGAGCACCCGAACCAGCCUUAUGGGGUUGAAUCCACUGCCAGGGAAUCCUGGGAGUUGUAGUUUCUUGCGGCACCAGAGCUGCCUGACAGAGGAGGCUAGAUGUCUCACGAAAAAAAACUACAGUUCCCAGAAUUCCCUGGCAGUUAAAGCGGUCUCAAAGUGGAUUGAUUCUCCAGUGUGAAUGAUAAUAAUAAUCAUAAAUAACAACAAUGCAGUAUUUAUAUCCCCCUUUUCCCCAAAACUGGCUUCAAGAUUAAAAGCAGAAUAAGGUUCCUCCGCGGAGAGAAAGCGUCGCAGAAGGAGAGGAUGCAGCCUAAAAGAUUAAUGAUUGAUUGGAACACAAAGCGCUCACAAGGAAACCGUUGGGAAUCCCAAAACAAUUCAAGACAAAGGUUCUGUGCAUGUCGCGUGUCCAGAUCCGUGUUACAGAGAGAAGGAAGCAUGUUCCAUGGAAUCCCAGCAAACCCAGGGAUGGGAGCCCCAGCAAAUAAGCCAGAAUUGUACGAGGAAGUGAAGCUGUACAAGAAUGCCAGGGAGCGAGAAAAAUACGACAACAUGGCUGAACUGUUUGCUGUGGUGAAGACAAUGCAAGCCCUAGAGAAGGCGUACAUCAAGGACUGUGUCACCCCCAGCGAGUACACUGCGGCCUGUUCUCGUCUCCUUGUCCAGUAUAAAGCUGCAUUCAAGCAGGUCCAAGGCUUGGAAAUCAAUUCUAUUGAUGACUUUUGCCGCAAGUUUCGGCUUGAUUGUCCGCUGGCCAUGGAGAGGAUCAAGGAGGACCGGCCAAUCACCAUCAAAGACGACAAAGGCAACCUCAACCGCUGCAUUGCAGAUAUUGUAUCGCUCUUUAUCACUGUGAUGGAUAAGCUGCGCUUGGAAAUUCGGGCCAUGGAUGAGAUCCAACCCGACCUCCGGGAACUGAUGGAGACCAUGAACCGCAUGAGUCACUUGCCCCCAGACUUUGAAGGACGACAGAAAGUUAACCAGUGGCUGCAGACGCUGAGUGGGAUGUCAGCUUCUGACGAACUGGACGAUUCUCAAGUCCGGCAGAUGCUCUUUGAUUUGGAGUCGGCCUACAAUGCCUUCAACCGCUUUCUGCACUCGUGAGGCUGGCUCUGGGACCAGAACUGGCUCCUGGCUUAGUCAACAGUUGCCCAGAUGGCCCUCUGCGGAGUAAGCAGUGCAGCAGCCGUGCCAGUGGCCACACUCCUCCUUGCCAUUGCGAAGGCCGUUGAAUGUACAUCUCCCCUUUGCCCUCUGUGUUCAAGGACUGGAGUCCCCCCUUUUUUUGAAAAAGGGGGAGCCUUUUGUUAAUGUGUAAUUUUUAUGCCUCUCUCACUAGUUCUUUCAUUGCAUAGUAUUUGUCUCCACAACUGUAAUUGGGGAGUGGGAAUAACGUACCAUGCGGGGCCAACCGCUGUGCCAGCGAACGCCUGCGUAGUACUUGUAUUUAUUUGGGUCUUGCUUUUGCCUCAGAGAGGCAGCCUCUACAAGGCUGAAGCAAAUAAAUCCUCUUUCUACAGCA